AUGGCUCUUACAGCUCAUCACAAGUAUGCUAUUAUUUACAUUUUUCUGAUACUUGGAUUGCUUGUAUUGUUUGGUUUUCUAUUCUUGAUGGAGCGUGGCCGAGUUUGCUAUAAAUCGUGGCACACUAAGAAGCAUCAGACGAACCGUAAUGAGAAGCAAAAUCUUAUAGAAAAAGUUUAUCUUUCUGUUCGAAACUACUAUACUUAUACAGUAACACACAAAUGGCUACUUACCCUUAUAAUUAUACCAGUGAUUUGUGUCGUAAGUCUUCCCUUUAUUGGAGAGGAGACCCCCGAGCUCGGUUCUGGAAAAAAGAAUUGGAAUAGAGAUUCCGUUUGCUCUCGUUUUGCCUAUCUAGCCUGUGCCUUUUAUACUGUAACAUACAUCUUUAGCCUAAAAAACAAUCCUUUUGCUUUGAUGCUUCUAACGUCCCACGAAAAGUUAAACUACAUUCAUCGUCGUCUAUCCAUAUUUGCAUUGCUGUUUGGACUCAUUCAUGGAAUAGGAAACAUCGGAAUUGCCGUCGCCGAUAAUGCUCAAGACAGCUUGGCGGGCGGAAUGUACCCAACAGGAUAUGCAAUCCUGACCUUUACGGUUGUUUUUGCCAUAAGCAGUAUUUCCUAUAUACGGAAAAAUUAUUAUGAAUGGUUUUUUAUCUUGCACCACCUUUGCAGCAUAGGGCUUUUGUGCACAAUUUGGCUUCACAGUGAGAAUGCCGCAAUCUACAUGAAGGUUUGCGUGUCCGUAUAUGCCUUUGAUCGUGGUCUGCGUGUCCUUCGAAGUUGUUUGAAUUUCUCCAAAGUUCAAAUUUUCCUUUUAGAUAAUGAUUUGAUUUACUUGCGAGGACCGAAACCGACAUCUUUCUUUUUUUUCUUGCCCUGGGCGGCUGGAAACCAUGUCUAUCUGAACAUUCCUAUUCUCAGUUACUGGCAGUUACAUCCCUUUACCAUGCUGAGUUCGCCAACCGACGAUUGUAUAGAGAUGAUGCUUGCAGUACGGACAGGUUUCACGAAACGCCUUGCUGGUCAUGUUAAUAAACGAGGAUCUAUCAAACAGGUUUCUCUUUCAGAGGAGAAGAAACUUGGUUCAGUAAGCUCUUCUUGUAAAAGUCAGCUUUCAGAUGAACACUCCUCUUCCUGGUCGUGUUCCCCUGUUUCUUUGGAAAUGCCCAGUCACCAAAUGAUUGUGUUGAUAGAUGGACCCUAUGGUCCUAUGACAAACCUUUACAAGGAUUAUUCCAACGUGCUUUUUCUGUCAAGCGGUGUUGGUAUUACAUAUACUUUGCCGAUUUUAAAGGACAUCGCUCGAUGCAAGUCGUCGAAGACAAAAAAAAUCACGUUUGUCUGGAGCUGUAGAUCGAAAUCUCUUCUCAUGGCUAUUUUUAACAUUUUGAAAGAACUCAUAAAGAACGAGAGCCAGAUUCAGCUAGAUAUUACUUGUCAUUAUACAAACAGUUACUCAUACAAGGAAAUUCCAGAUAUUCAAUUCAUCUCAGACAAAAAGUUUUCUCUUCGAGUGCUGGAUGAUCGUCCUCAUUUCGAUCUAUAUCUGAAACCAUUCUUGGAAGAAGCUCAAGGACAGACUGCUGCCAUUGCGACGUGUGGUUCAGAAGGCUUCCUGAAACAUGUGAAAAAGAAUGUUAGCUCUUGUGUGACAGCGUCGGACGAUUUGUUUCAACAUUAUGAAGAAAUUUAA